CAUCAGCAGGCGCGCCCCAGGACUGACGGACUCGUCGUUAUCCCCGCCUGCAAUCCCGGCGCCGCGCGCGAUUGGCUGUCGCCGCCGAGAGUCCUCCGUGCAGGGCCUGGGCGGCACGGACGAGGCCUGAGGCGGCGGCGCGAAACAGCAUGGUCUGAGACAGUGAACAUGGACUUUUCUCGACUGCACACGUAUACCCCACCCCAGUGUGUGCCGGAGAACACCGGCUACACCUACGCACUCAGUUCUAGUUACUCGUCUGAUGCUCUGGACUUUGAGGCUGAGCACAAGUUGGAUCCUGUGUUUGAUUCCCCGAGGAUGUCCCGCCGUAGUUUGCGUCUGAUUGCAACAACAUACAGCAGUGGGGACAGCCAGGCUGUAGACACCCAUGUCUGCACCAGCAGGGCCUCCCCCACCAGGGAGAGAGCCUCUAGGACAGUGAAACAGCACAGAGCUUCAAGCAAGCCGGCUUUUAGCAUCAACCACCUGUCGGGGAAGGGCACGUCCUCUAGCACCAGCCAUGGUACCUCCUGCAGCCUGAGGAGUGCCACGGCAUUGAGGCCUCCGGUGCUGAAUGAGUCUCUGAUUCGUGAGCAGACCAAAGUAGACCACUUCUGGGGUCUUGAUGAUGACAGCGACCUUAAAGGUGGAAAUAAAGGCACCACUCAGGGGAAUGGUGACCUGGCAGGAGAGUUGGCCGCCAGCAACGGGUACACCUGUCGCGACUGCAGCAUGCUGUCAGCACGGACUGACGCACUUACAGCCCACUCUGCCAUCCAUGGGCCCACCUCAAGGGUUUACUCCAGAGACAGGAACCCAAAACCACGCGGUGUGGCUUUCUACGGGGAUAGGAUUUGGUGGCUGGCCAAGUCCACUUCAUCGUCCUUUUCAUCAUUCUUAGUUCAACUUUUUCAAGUGGUUUUAAUGAAGCUCAGUUAUGAAUCAGAAACUUACAAAUUGAAAAGCUAUGAGUCAAAAGAUUAUGAGUCAAAAAGCUAUACCAUAAAGAGCCAUGAAUCAAAAGCCCAUCUCGGUCACUGUGGGAGGAUGACUGCCGGAGAGCUUUCCAGAGUGGACGGGGAAUCCCUGUGCGAUGACUGUAAGGGGAAGAAGUACCUUGAGAUACACACAGCCACCCACUCGCAUCUGUCCCGGCCACACAGGGCAGCAGGGGCCGUGGGGCGCCUCUGCACCUACACAGGUGACCUCUUGGUUCGAGCGCUGCACAGGACUGGAGCUGCUGGGUGGCGUGUGGCCGAGGCGCUGUGGUCAGUGCUCUGGCUGGCCGUCACUGCUCCAGGAAAGGCAGCCUCUGGAUCCUUCUGGUGGCUAGGCAGUGGAUGGUACCAAUUUGUUACUUUGAUUUCUUGGCUGAAUGUGUUUCUCCUUACCAGGUGCCUUCGGAAUAUUUGCAAGUUUUUUGUCUUGCUCCUCCCAUUCCUACUUUUACUAGGUGCCAUUCUCUCCCUGUGGGGCCAGGGUGAUUUCCUUUCACUCCUGCCUGUCCUGAACUGGACUGCUGUGCACUCAGCAGAGAGGGUAGACGAUCCUGAGGGCGUGUUCCGAGCUGGCCCUUCUACCCCAAGCCCACCUCUGCAGAUUAACUAUGGGGCUUCCCAGUGGCUUCAGGAGAGUGGCAUGGGACAGCAGGUGGCCUCUUUGAGUGCACAGUGUCACAACCAUGGCGAGAAGCUCCAGGAACUGACAAUCCUGCUUCAGAAGUUGCAGAUACGGGUGGACCAGGUGGAUGAUGGCAGGGAAGGGCUGUCACUGUGGGUCAAGGAUGUGGUUGGACAGCACCUCCAGGACAUGGGCGCCACAGGGCCACCAGACGCUAAGACUGACAUCAUGACAUCCCACCGUGACCAUGAAGUACGGCUCUCGAACUUGGAAGAUAUUCUCAGAAAACUGAUGGAAAAGUCCGAGGCUAUUCAGAAGGAGCUGGAAGGAACCAAGUUGAAAGCAAGCAGCAUGGCUGAGGAGCACCCCCUCCUGGACCGUGUGCAGCACCUGGAGCUGGAGCUGAGCCUGCUGAAGUCGCAGCUGUCAGACUGGCAGCAUCUGAGAGCUACCUGUGAGCAGGCCCAUGAUCGCAUCCAAGAAACUGUGCGGCUCAUGUUCUCCGAGGAACAGCAGGGCGGCUCCCUUGAGUGGCUGCUCCAAAAGCUUUCGUCUUGGUUUGUGAGCAAGGCUGAGCUGCAGGUACUGCUGCGUGACCUUGAGCUGAGAGUGCUGCAGAACAUCACUCAUCACAUUGCAGUGACAGGCCUUCCGCCUACAUCUGAGGCCAUCAUGUCUGCUGUGAACGAGGCUGGGAUUUCAGGAAUCACAGAAGCGCAAGCACGCCUCAUCGUGGACAAUGCUCUGAAGCUGUACUCCCAAGACAAGACUGGAAUGGUGGAUUUUGCUUUGGAAUCCGGAGGUGGCAGCAUCCUGAGCACUCGCUGCUCUGAGACCUAUGAGACCAAGACGGCGCUGCUGAGCCUGUUUGGGAUCCCGCUUUGGUACUUCUCACAGUCACCCCGGGUGGUGAUCCAGCCUGAUAUCUACCCAGGAAACUGCUGGGCCUUCAAAGGCUCCCAGGGGUACCUGGUGGUACGGCUGUCCAUGAGGAUCUACCCAACCACGUUCACCAUGGAGCACAUUCCAAAGACACUGUCACCCACUGGUAACAUCUCCAGUGCCCCCCGGGACUUCGCAGUCUAUGGAUUGGACACUGAGUAUCAGGAAGAAGGGCAGCCUCUGGGACAGUUCACCUACGACCAGGAAGGGGACUCACUGCAGAUGUUCUACACACUGGAAAGACCUGACCGAGCCUUUCAGAUUGUGGAGCUCCGAAUCCUGUCCAACUGGGGCCAUCCCGAGUACACCUGCCUCUACCGGUUCAGAGUCCAUGGAGAGCCCAGCCAGUAGUGCACACCCAGCCUUGUACAUGUCUGUAUAUACCAGGAUGCCAGAUACUGGAACCCUUAGGGAGAGAGCACAAGAACACAGGAACCCGUGACCCCUCAAUAAAUGACACGGCCAAGGACCCAUGUUGAGUCCUCUGAAGCUGUGCGUGUGUGCUCAGAGCCCCACAGUGUGGCAGGGUCUGCAGCUCCAUUUGAAUAUAUGGUUCUCAAUCACUUCCUUUGUUGUGGGGGUUUGCUUAAGAACAUAAAGAAGCCAAACAGAUGGGCUGGCAGGAUCUUGGCUCUUGAUGCUUGGAGGCUGAACCCUGCCCUGCUUUGUCCUCUAUACAUCAGGACAAAAGUCUGUUCCAUUGCUAGACCACAUUUCUUUCAGGGAAAACCAUCGUCCCCUUUUCAGCCUGACUCCUUUAGGUCCCCAGGUGGGGCAGGGCUAGGUGUGUCCUGGGCUGUUACUUCUAGCUGGGACCUGCAGUACUGAUAACCCAUAGGACAUGGAGUGGGCUUUUGCCAAGGGAAGGAAUAACCUGAAAAGACGUGAUCCAGAAGGGCAGUUCGGGUCCAUGCACAUGUGAAUGGAACUCUCAGGUCUUGGGCUAGGCUGUUCCUCUUCGGAUUCACAGUAGGGACAGGAACCAAGAAAUAAAACCCCCAAUAUCCUCAAGCUGUGUUGGGCUCUGCUGAAGGAGGAACACUAAGGUGCCACACUGCAGGUGGUUCUGAUGAUGUCACUUGUUCUUUCCCAUAGCAUAUCUGCUCUUAGGUAUGCCUCUGUACCACACUGUUGGUCCGUCUCACCUAACUCAAUUUGGUUAUAAUUAAUAUUUAGACUAUUUUAUGAGCAGACUUUGUAACUGAUAUGUCUUCUGGGCACUUGAAAUGUUCAGAUGUUUUACCUAAAGAAUUGUUGUGUUUCAUUGGUUAAGACAGCCCUAGUGGAGCACAGGCUCGAUCUGUCCCGGGGCUUUGGGUUCUGAGGUUUUGUGCAUGUUGCACAGUCUUUGAGGGCAGUGGCUGGAAGCAGCAUGUUCCUACUCCCUGUUGGAGCCACUGCCUAGACAGGCAGGUUGGGUCACAUGCACACAUACUGCAGGUUACACACAGAAGUCAAAAUUUCCUAUAUUAAACUAAGUUUGGGAGUUGGGGUGGAGAUAUUUUGAGUAUUUAUUUUUAAAGAUGCAAGAUAGGACUUUGUGCAAUGUAUUUUUGUAAAUGUUUCUCAGAAUAUUUGUCUCUGGCAGUGCUUCUGCCUCCAAAUUAAGAUGCUGUUGGGAUGUGGACAUAAAAGUUUUAAUUUUUAAAAGUGCAUGUGACACCAAGUGAAUAAUAAAAGUGUAUUUCUUUUCUCA